CAAUGUCGUCCAACCUCAAUAUUACCGGCUCGAACAUCACGGCGCCGACGCCCCAAAAUACGCCCUUGAACCAGGCACCUAUCGCCCUGGGACUUUCAAGACCAACGGUCCCAGACAUCACUGAAGAUAACGAGCAAGAUGAGGGCGAUGGGGCAGACGUUGAUCUCGGCGCUGUGCAGACCCAGAUGCUCGGCAUGGUCCACGGAAGGCUCGCUGAACUUGUUGGCAAGAGCUCCGGGUACAUCGAGAGUCUUCCUGUCGAAGUAAAGCUCAACAUCGAGGGGCUCAAGGGUAUCCAGGUCAAGCAAAACGAGCUGCAGAACCAGUAUAAGCGCGAGUGUCUCGAACUCGAGAAGAAGUACCUUGGCCUCCAAAAACCUUUGUAUGAACGCCGACAUGCGAUCAUCUCUGGUACCGCUCAACCCACAAGGGAGGAGCUCGAUUCGGGCGAGCAAUACUCCAUCAAAGAGGAUGAAGAGUAUACCCCCUUGCCGAAAGACGUCGCCCCCUCCGCUGAGGGCAUUCCUCACUUCUGGCUCACCGCACUCCGAAAUCAUAUCGCCCUCUCCGAGCUGAUCACAGAUCGCGAUGUGGAAGCCCUCAAGCACCUUGUCGAUGUUCAGCUCGCAUAUCUCGACGACAAGGCAGGCAAGCCAGGCUUCAAGAUCCUCUUUAUCUUCAGUGCCAACGACUUCUUCGAGAACGACGUCCUCGAGAAAACUUAUCUCUACCAAGAAGAGGUCGGAUAUUCUGGUGAUUUCGUCUACGAUCGUGCCAUCGGUUCCGAGAUCAGGUGGAAAGAGGAUAAAGAUCUCACAAAAGAGUUUGAGAUCAAGAAGCAGCGGAACAAGAACACCAACCGCACGCGUCUCGUCCGCAAGGCCAAGCCUACAGAGUCCUUCUUCAACUUCUUCACUCCUCCCAUCCCGCCAUCCGAAGAGGCUAUCGAGAAUGGUGACUUUGAGGAUGAGGAGCUGGAAGAGAUCGAGGAGAAACUCGAGGUAGACUACCAGAUCGGCGAGGACAUCAAGGAGAAGAUCAUUCCCCGAGCAAUCGAUUUCUUUACCGGCAAAGCGCUAGAAUACGAAGGCCUCGACGAUGACGAUGAUGAUGCGUUUGAAGAUUUGGAUGACGAUGAUGAUGAAGGGCAGUUUGAUGAAGAUGAUUCGGAAUCGGACAACGAUGUCCCUGUUCGUCGCCGCGGCCCACCAAAAGGCCGCGGAGGCGCCCCUGCAAACGCGUCGAAUGUUAACCCGGAAGAGUGCAAGCAGCAGUAAGCUCACUGCUGACGCCGGCCCAUUGCUUCCUCCACCGACGCACACAUAAGUGCUCAACAUUAUCCCGCCCAUUUGUUCAAUCCGUUUUGCCUUGCCCCACUAUCACCUGCUUCCCAUCUUGUUCAACCAUGCUUCUCACCCUGGCAAUUCGCUCUCAUGGCGACUCUCCAAACUAUCAUCCAUCACCCACCUAAUCCCUGAAACCAAACACCGCCUUCCUUCAAUUUAUGCACGCCCCUCCACCGUCAUUCAUUGCUUUUCUGUUUCCGUUGCUUUCCACUCGCCUAAAUCUCAGUCCUUUCCAAACAUUCUUACUUACGCCGCUGCCCCCUCAUGUCAGAGUCAUAUAUAUACACUACCAUACGUAUUACCUGAAGCUCCGCCGUCCGAAACUCCCUCUUGUAUUUUCUAUCUCUUCCUUCAAAUCUUUCUUUUGGGAAAGGGCGUGGGUUUGAAAUAUCUUGUGAAUGUCUUCGUCGACCCGCAACGUGUUGUAAAUUAUAUAAUAGUAGCGUUAUACGAUGGGAUGC